AUGUCGAAUCCAGGGACCCGGAGAAACGGCUCCAGCAUCAAAAUCCGGCUCACAGUAUUAUGUGCCAAGAAUCUUGCAAAAAAAGAUUUCUUCAGACUUCCUGAUCCAUUUGCAAAAAUAGUAGUAGACGGAUCAGGUCAGUGCCAUUCAACUGACACUGUGAAGAACACAUUAGACCCCAAGUGGAACCAGCAUUAUGAUCUAUAUGUUGGGAAAACAGAUUCUAUAACCAUCAGUGUAUGGAAUCACAAGAAAAUACACAAGAAACAGGGAGCUGGCUUCCUGGGGUGUGUCCGUCUCCUUUCCAAUGCCAUCAGCAGACUAAAAGAUACUGGAUACCAGCGUUUGGAUCUAUGCAAAUUAAACCCCACAGAUACUGAUGCAGUACGAGGCCAAAUAGUGGUCAGUUUACAGACACGGGACAGAAUAGGCUCAGGAGGUUCUGUGGUAGAUUGUAGAGGGCUGUUGGACAACGAAGGAACGGUUUAUGAAGAUUCUGGACCUGGAAGGCCACUAAGCUGUUUUAUGGAGGAACCAGCACCAUAUACAGAUAGUACUGGUGCUGCUGGUGGAGGAAAUUGUAGGUUUGUGGAAUCUCCUAGUCAAGAUCAGAGACUUCAGGCACAGCGACUUCGAAACCCUGAAGUCAGAGGUCAUGUACAAACACCUCAGAAUAGACCACAUGGUCAUCAGUCACCUGACCUACCUGAAGGUUAUGAACAAAGGACAACGGUACAGGGACAGGUUUAUUUUUUGCACACACAGACUGGAGUUAGUACGUGGCAUGACCCCAGGAUACCAAGAGACCUUAACAGUGUGAAUUGCGAUGAACUCGGACCUCUGCCACCGGGUUGGGAAGUGAGAAGUACAGUAUCUGGAAGAAUAUAUUUUGUAGAUCACAAUAACAGAACCACACAGUUCACAGACCCAAGAUUACAUCACAUCAUGAACCAUCAAUGCCAACUAAAAGAACCGAGCCAGCCUUUGCCAGUCCCAAAUGAGGGGUCAUUAGAAGAUGGUGAGGAGUUGCCUGCACAAAGAUAUGAAAGAGACUUAGUACAGAAAUUAAAAGUCCUUAGACAUGAACUCUCUCUUCAGCAACCACAAGCUGGUCACUGCCGCAUUGAAGUAUCCAGAGAAGAAAUAUUUGAGGAGUCCUACCGUCAGAUAAUGAAGAUGAGGCCAAAAGACUUGAAAAAGAGGCUGAUGGUGAAAUUUCGAGGAGAAGAAGGCUUGGAUUAUGGUGGAGUGGCAAGAGAGUGGUUGUAUUUACUGUGCCAUGAAAUGUUGAACCCCUAUUAUGGACUCUUCCAGUACUCUACUGACAAUAUUUACAUGCUGCAAAUCAAUCCAGACUCUUCUAUCAAUCCUGAUCACUUGUCAUAUUUCCAUUUUGUUGGUCGGAUAAUGGGUUUAGCUGUGUUCCAUGGACACUACAUCAAUGGGGGUUUCACAGUUCCCUUCUACAAACAGCUGCUGGGGAAACCCAUUCAGCUAUCUGAUCUGGAAUCUGUUGACCCAGAACUGCACAAGAGUUUAGUUUGGAUUUUAGAGAAUGACAUCACCCCAGUGUUGGACCAUACUUUCUGUGUGGAACACAAUGCUUUUGGGCGCAUUCUGCAGCAUGAGCUCAAACCAAAUGGCAGAAAUGUUCCUGUUACAGAAGAGAACAAGAAAGAAUAUGUCAGGUUGUAUGUAAACUGGCGAUUUAUGAGAGGAAUUGAGGCACAGUUUCUGGCUCUACAAAAAGGCUUUAAUGAACUUAUUCCUCAACACUUACUAAAGCCUUUUGACCAGAAGGAGCUUGAGCUAAUAAUAGGAGGCCUGGAUAAGAUAGACCUGAAUGACUGGAAGUCAAACACGCGUCUAAAGCACUGCAUGGCAGAUAGCAAUAUCGUAAAGUGGUUCUGGCAAGCCGUGGAAACGUUUGAUGAGGAAAGAAGGGCGAGGCUGUUACAGUUUGUGACUGGGUCCACACGUGUCCCUCUUCAAGGUUUCAAGGCUUUGCAAGGCGCUGCAGGACCCAGGCUGUUUACCAUCCAUUUGAUAGAUGCAAAUACAGACAACCUUCCAAAAGCCCACACUUGCUUUAACCGGAUUGACAUUCCGCCUUAUGAGUCCUAUGAGAAGCUUUAUGAGAAGCUACUGACAGCCGUGGAAGAGACAUGUGGAUUUGCUGUGGAGUGA